GGUUGAGGAGCGUUUCCGUGGUGUUGAUCGGGGAGUCUUGGGGGCGGGAUCACGCAAGCGCCAAGGGACCGGGUGGGAGGGGUUCGAGUAUGGAUGCGCAGGCGCGUUGAGAGACGAUGAAGCCGGUGGCCGGUGGCCGGGCGGGACUAGCAAAGAUGGCGGCGGCCCCUGCGGCGGGAGCGAUCUGGGCAACGGCUGCGGCUAAAGCUGCAGCCGGGCCCACGGGGGGGCUGCACGGGGGUAGUAGGGGGUGGCCCUGAGCUGCGCCUGGCCCCGGCUGGCCUCUCCCGCCGCCUCACAGGGGGACAGGUCCAGCGUGUGGUGUCCACAAUGCCCCAGGCCUCUGAGCACCGCCUGGGCCGGACCCGAGAGCCACCUGUUAAUAUCCAGCCCCGAGUGGGAUCCAAGCUACCAUUUGCCCCCAGGGCCCGCAGCAAGGAGCGCAGAAACCCAGCCUCUGGGCCAAACCCCAUGUUACGACCUCUGCCUCCCCGGCCGGGUCCCCCUGAGGAACGGCUCAAGAAACUGGAGCUGGGACGGGGACGUACCUCAGGCCCUCGUCCCAGAGGCCCCCUUCGAGCAGAUCAUGGGGUUCCCCUGCCUGGCUCACCACCCCCAACUGUGGCUUUGCCUCUCCCAUCUCGGACCAACUUAACCCGUUCCAAGUCUGUGAGCAGUGGGGACUUGCGUCCAAUGGGGAUUGCCUUGGGAGGGCACCGUGGCACCGGAGAGCUUGGGGCUGCACUGAGCCGCUUGGCCCUCCGGCCUGAGCCACCCACUUUGAGACGUAGCACUUCUCUCCGCCGCCUAGGGGGCUUUCCUGGACCCCCAACCCUGUUCAGCAUACGGACAGAGCCCCCUGCUUCCCAUGGCUCCUUCCACAUGAUAUCUGCCCGGUCCUCUGAGCCUUUCUACUCUGAUGACAAGAUGGCUCAUCACACACUGCUUCUGGGCUCUGGUCACGUUGGCCUUCGAAACCUGGGAAACACGUGCUUCCUGAAUGCUGUGCUGCAGUGUCUGAGCAGCACUCGACCUCUUCGGGACUUCUGUCUGAGAAGGGACUUCCGGCAAGAGGUGCCUGGAGGAGGCCGAGCCCAAGAGCUUACUGAAGCCUUUGCAGAUGUGAUUGGUGCCCUCUGGCACCCUGACUCCUGCGAAGCUGUGAAUCCUACUCGAUUCCGAGCUGUCUUCCAGAAAUACGUUCCCUCCUUCUCUGGAUACAGCCAGCAGGAUGCCCAAGAGUUCCUGAAGCUCCUCAUGGAGCGGCUGCACCUUGAAAUCAACCGCCGAGGCCGACGGGCUCCACCAAUCCUUGCCAGCGGUCCAGCUCCCUCUCCACCCCGCCGAGGAGGGGCUCUGCUAGAAGAACCUGACUUAAGUGAUGAUGACCGAGCCAACCUAAUGUGGAAGCGUUACCUGGAGCGAGAGGACAGCAAGAUUGUGGACCUGUUUGUGGGCCAGUUGAAAAGUUGUCUCAAGUGCCAGGCCUGUGGGUAUCGCUCCACGACCUUCGAGGUUUUUUGUGACCUGUCCCUGCCCAUCCCCAAGAAAGGAUUUGCUGGGGGCAAGGUGUCUCUGCGGGAUUGUUUCAACCUUUUCACCAAGGAAGAAGAGCUAGAGUCGGAGAAUGCCCCAGUGUGUGACCGAUGUCGGCAGAAAACUCGAAGUACCAAAAAGUUGACAGUACAAAGAUUCCCCCGGAUCCUCGUGCUCCAUCUGAAUCGAUUUUCUGCCUCCCGAGGCUCCAUCAAGAAAAGUUCAGUAGGUGUAGACUUUCCCCUGCAGCGACUGAGCCUAGGGGACUUUGCCAGUGACAAAGCCGGAAGUCCUGUAUACCAGCUGUAUGCCCUUUGCAACCACUCAGGCAGCGUCCACUAUGGCCACUACACAGCCCUGUGCCGGUGCCAGACUGGUUGGCAUGUCUACAAUGACUCUCGUGUCUCCCCUGUCAGUGAAAACCAGGUGGCAUCCAGCGAGGGCUACGUGCUGUUCUACCAACUGAUGCAGGAGCCACCCCGGUGCCUGUGAUGCCCUCUCUAAGCCCUGGCACCUGUGAAGCCCUUUAAACACCCUUAAGCCCCAGGCUCCCCAUUUACCUCAGAGACGUCUAUUUUUGUGUCUUUUUAAUCGGGGAGGGGGGAGGGGGUGGUCGUAGCUCCAUUAUUUUUUUUAUUAAAAAGUACCCUUCCACCUGGAGGCUCCCUUGUCUCCCAGCCCCAUGUACAGAGCUCACCAAGCCCUUGCCCAUGUACAGUCCCCAGACCCUCUGCAAUUUCACUUUUUGUGAAUAAAUUUAUUAAGAAAAAAA